GAAGUCAAAGAUCUGGUGAUUAACAAUGGCAGGAAAAUCAUCGCUUUUUAAAGUAAUUCUCCUUGGAGAUGGUGGAGUCGGGAAGAGUUCUCUUAUGAACAGAUACGUAACCAAUAAAUUUGAUACCCAGCUGUUCCAUACAAUAGGUGUGGAGUUUUUAAAUAAAGAUCUGGAGGUGGAUGGACAUUUUGUGACCAUGCAGAUUUGGGACACAGCCGGUCAGGAGCGGUUCAGGAGCCUGAGGACGCCGUUUUACAGAGGUUCUGACUGUUGCCUGCUGACUUUUAGUGUCGAUGAUUCUCAGAGCUUCCAGAACUUGAGCAAUUGGAAGAAAGAAUUCAUAUAUUACGCAGAUGUGAAAGAGCCAGAAAGCUUUCCUUUUGUGAUUUUGGGAAAUAAGGUCGACAUAAGUGAGCGACAAGUGUCUGCAGAAGAAGCCCAAGCUUGGUGCAGGGACAACGGCGACCAUCCUUACUUUGAAACAAGUGCAAAAGACGCCACUAAUGUCGCAGCAGCCUUUGAGGAGGCGGUUCGAAGAGUCCUCGCUACUGAGGACAGGUCAGAUCACUUGAUUCAGACAGACAUGGUCAAUCUGCACAGGCAGCCCAAGCCUAGCUCGUCUUGCUGCUGAUCUGUUAUUAAAGAGAUGGCAGGGUGUUCCAACCGAUA